AUGAAGUUCUCCCUCGCUAUCAUCGCCACGGCCAUGGCCGCGGCCGUCAGCGCUGCCCCCAGCACAACUCCUCCUCUCGAGGUUCGCCAGCAAUGCCUUCCCGAUGCCGCGCCUUGCGAGCGCGCUGAGCAGUGUUGCUUCGGCCGCUGCACCUGGGGCAGCGUCCCCCCCAGCGUCCCCGGCUUCCCCGCCCGCUGCGGCAACCAGGACUGGUACCCCGGCGGCAAGCCCUGGCCCAACUAG